GCCGCGGCCGCUGCGAGCGCUGCAGAUAGGAGACAAAAGAGGCACGAAGUUACUCUCGCAACUUGGACUUACAAAAACGAGGCGGCGGCCGGGGGGAAAAGCCGCCCGCGCUCGGGCUCUCGAGACUUUUUUCGUCGCUCUUCGCAUUUUUUCCCCGGCUCCCGCGACCGCCCCGGGGCCGGGCGCCGCCGAUGGCCGCGGCCCCCCGCGCCCGGCCGUGACGCCCGAGCGGGCCCCGCCGGGCGCCGCCGCCCCGGGGCCGGCCCCGCAUGCCGGGCGCUGCCCGCCGCCCCGCGCCGCUCCCCUCUAUGCGGCCGUAGGGCGCGCGGCGCGGCAGGGCUCACCAUGUCGAUGCUCCCGACUUUUGGCUUCACCCAAGAGCAAGUGGCCUGCGUCUGCGAGGUGCUCCAGCAAGGCGGCAACAUCGAGCGGCUGGGGCGGUUCCUCUGGUCCCUCCCUGCCUGCGAGCACCUCCACAAGAACGAGAGCGUCCUGAAGGCCAAGGCGGUGGUGGCCUUCCACCGGGGCAACUUCCGCGAGCUCUACAAGAUCCUGGAGAGCCACCAGUUCUCGGCGCACAACCACCCCAAGCUGCAGCAGCUCUGGCUGAAGGCGCACUACAUCGAGGCGGAGAAGCUGCGGGGGCGACCCCUAGGGGCGGUGGGCAAGUACCGGGUGCGCCGCAAGUUCCCGCUGCCCCGCUCCAUCUGGGACGGCGAGGAGACCAGCUACUGCUUCAAGGAGAAGAGCCGCAGUGUCCUCCGAGAGUGGUACGCCCACAACCCCUACCCGUCCCCCCGCGAGAAGCGGGAGCUGGCCGAGGCCACCGGCCUCACCACCACCCAGGUCAGCAACUGGUUCAAGAACCGCCGGCAGCGGGACCGCGCCGCCGAGGCCAAGGAAAGGGAAAACAACGAGAAUUCCAACUCCAACAGCCACAACCCGCUCUCGGCGUCAAUGAACGGGAAUAAGACAGUUUUGGGGAGCUCAGAGGACGAGAAGACGCCGUCAGGGACCCCGGAUCACACCUCCUCCAGCCCCGCUCUGCUGCUCAGCUCCAACCCCGGGCUGCAGCCCCUGCACGGCCUGGGCCACCCCCAGGGCCCCAGCGCCAUCCCCGUGCCCAGCGCCGACCCCAUGCACCACCACAGCUUGCAGGACUCCAUUCUCAACCCCAUGUCAUCUAACUUGGUCGAUCUGGGCUCUUAAAACCCUGUACACGCUCACUCCUUCGCACCAGCCCUCCUUUCCUCAAUUUUUCCUAUUAUUUUUUUUUUCCUUAAUCUUACCAGGGACUUUGAAAGCAAUGACAAACACCUUAGUGGAAGUGUUGUGCC